GCACAUGAAUCAGCUGGUUGAGAAGUAUUCCGUGUAAAUUUGAUAAAUAUUUAUACAUUCAAAGAUAGCCAAAUUAAGAAGAAAUUUUAAAUAUUGUGAAAAAAAAGUUUUGAAAAUAUUGUGAAAAUAUUCCAUGUUUGUCAGCAACGUUACAGCUUGAAAUUCUUUAGAAUGGAAAAGGGAAAGCUUUUGCUAUUCAUUGGUUGUAUGCAGUUGUUGCUUUGUCUAAUUUUGGUAAAUGGUGAAAAUGGCACAGCAACGUCAGCAGUGCAAAAUGCAUUGCCAAAUAAUGGUACGAUAAAGAAUUCAAACGAUACCUUAUCACAAUUAUUAAGUACAACAGGAAGCACCGCCAACGUACAAAAAAGUCGCACUAUAUCACCGACUGGAAAUAAUGAGCAAAGUAAAGAUGCGCCGGUGAACAUCAGUAAAACAGCGUCGGUAGGAAUAAAGGGCGAUGUGGACAAAAAAACUAAUAACGCGGUUGUUAAUGUUGGAAACAACACUAUAAAUGCAACUACGAACAUUAAACACAACGAAAGCAAUAAAACUAAAAUAAUUCCACUCAAUGCAACAAGCACUGAAGGCACGGUAAAAUCAGCAAUUGCAAAACCAAUAAACAAAACUGAUGACAAUGCGCAACCUGCAAAUAAAGCAACGGAAGUGAAAUUGGCUACGAAACCUACAUCAACUACCACAACAACCAAAGGCACCAGCACAUCCAGUACAACAACUACUACUACAACCACCACCACCACCACCACCACCACUACUACUACUACUACUACCACAACACCAAAGCCAAAGAAACCGAGUAUUACGUUUGGAUUAGGCGACUUUCCAACUUUACCAGGAGAAGAAAACGCUAAAAAAUCGUUGGAUGCAUCUGACUCAAAACUGCCAGUUGCUAACGAUGCCGUCGUGCCACCAAAUGUACAACCAUCACAAGAGUUAAAUAGUGGAUUCAACUAUAACAGCAGCCGAGAUUACAUAGUACCCAUAAUGACAGUGCUGUUCACAAUACCCUUGGCAUUUGGCGUUGUGAUUACCACUUAUCGCCGUUUCCGUGAUUGUUGGUCCACGCGACAUUAUCGCCGUAUGGAUUUCUUGGUUGAUGGCAUGUACAAUGAUUGACAAAUGGAUGCAGAGAAAGAUAUAGCCGAUAUGUCCAUGGGAAAAUACGAUACAGAGACAGAGAAUGAAAAUGCUGUAGAUUUUCCACAGCAAUUAAUACAGCAAAGCACAAUAACAAUAUCUUAAUACAUAGUUGUGAGAAUAAGAGAGUGAGACUCUAUAUAGCGUAGGUAAAAACAAGUCGAUUAGUUUUGCCACAAACAUUUUUAAUAUCUACACACCUAUAUUAAUAAUCGGAAUUGCAAGUAAUUCGAAGACACUCAUAUAAUUGAAGACCCUAAUGAAAUAUUUUACACAUAUGGGCUUGCAAAUAUUGCAUUCACUAAAAUUUAUUUAAUUUGGAUUAAUUUCUGUAAAAAAAAAAACAUUUCUAUAGUCUUCGUACGGACUAUCCGGAAAUGCUUGAUAACUCUUUACAUUGAAACAUUUUUUAUUUUAUAUUUUAUUUUUUAUUAAAAAAAAUCGUACCGUACUACAUAUUGAUAUAUACAAUUGUAGCAUUUUUAAGAUAAGCAUUUUUUUGAAGCAAUUACCGAGCGUUUACUAAAAAAAACUAUUUCUUUUAAAGACAUGUUUUCCAUGGUACUCAUUCAAAUUUUAAGCCAAAUUCUUCAGUUGGGGAAACAAGAAUGCUAUAUAUAGUGCAUUUUUAGAGCUCAUACAAAUACCAAAUCGUAUAUUUAUAGAUGUGGUUCACUUUAAAAUAGCAUUUAUAGCAAGUAAAAGCACAUACUUUUAAAAAAUAUUUUAAAAAUUAAAAAAAGUAUUUUAAGUUCGAUUUUUCUAAUUGGCUUCCAUAUUAAAUGAAAUGAUAAAAUAUAUUUAUCUU